AUGGUGAUUCCUCUGGAGGGAGUCGAGUCCGCAGUGGUGGAACUCGUCCGCCUGGCCGAAGAGAAGGGCGGACGAGUGAUGAACAACAUCGCUAGUAACUUGAUUUGGAUCGUUGUGGUCUGCGCCGCGGCCCUAGGGGGCAUCUCCUUCGUUUACUGGUUCGUGCGGAGGCUUUGUGACCGCACCUGGUGCCCCGGCCCCUGCUCGUGCUCGUUUUCGGUUUCGCGGCCCGAGGCGCAUGGCUCGGCGCCUGCGUAUGGCUAG